AUGUCCGUCGGCGCUGCGACCAGUCGUCAUGCCGCCGACGAAGAGGCUCGUGCUGAGGUUGAUGUGCUGAACUCGCGGCUCGAGAAGACCUCCCAAUUGACCAAGAAGAUCCAAGCAUGCAUGGGAAGGCUAGAAUCUACUGGCAAGAGCGUACGCGAAGUUGCUGGUCCGCUGAGUGGGGAGACAAAGAAGCUUCAGGUCCUAGGUAACAACAUCGAUGCUGUCCUCGCUGCCAUUGAGCGCCUCCGCCAACCUGCCGAUAGCAAGAACGAUGAAGAACAGAUCAUUCGUGCCGGCCCCGACAAGGCUGGCCUUUCCAGCUUCCUCGCCUCGAUCAAGCGCUUAUCCAAGGCCUUGGCCGACAUGCAGGCGUCCAACCUACGUGCGAACCAACAGACGAUGGCAGAACUGGUCCGCUUGAUCAAGUCGGGCAACUCACAACUCGAGAGCCACUUUGACAAGUUACUCCGAGGAGAGACCCCCCGCUCGGUAGAACCGCUCCAUUAUAUUACAAAGGAUAUGCCAUUCCCGGUUCUGUCCCAGGACAAGGUCGCGCGCCUCGGCUUGGUAAAUUCAUACAUCUCGAGUAACCAUCGCCAAAACGGCGGUGGUGCCGCUCCUCAAGAUUCCUCAACGGCCAAGAUCUAUGCUGAAAUACGUGGCCCCUACAUUUCUUCAACAUUGGCCAAUCUGGCUGCUGCCAGUGUUAAUACAACAAAGAAGAAGAACCCUGACGCCAUCUACCGCGCCGGCACCAAUGGUAUCAGCACGUAUGCGCAAGCUAUGGAAGGUCUGUUUCUGGCCGAGUACGACAACAUCUGCAGCAUCUUUACACGGGAGGACUGGGGCCCCCUCUUCCAGGCCACGUGCCAGGCCGCCAUGGCGGAGCUUGCCCGCACUCUCCGAGAAUUAAAUAGCCAUAUCAAGGGUCACCUAAACACAGAUUGCUACCUCGCGUAUGAGAUCACCGAGAUCAUGUCGGGCCUAUCGAGUAACCUGGAAACGCGCACCGGCGAACUCAAGUCCUCGCUUGCUGCGGCGCUCCGGCCCGUGCGAGAGACGGCCAAACUGACGUUGGGAGAACUGCUGGAUGACACAAGACGGAGGAUUGCUGCGAUGCAGACACUUCCCCAAGACGGUGCACCAAUACCCAUUGUAUCUGAGACGAUGCAGCGCCUACAGACCAUGGUCGAGUUUUUACGGCCAAUCUCGAGUAUCAUGUUCUCCUUAGGUGAUGGGGGAUGGAAAUCCAGCGUAGCCACUGACGGACGGUCCACGGACGCGAUUCCAAGUCUCGCCUCAUUCGACAUCGGUGCUGACGGCAAGGAAAUCUUUUCGCAUUAUUGCUCUGACACGGUUGAUAUGCUCAUGGCAUCACUUGACCAGAAGGCUAAGAUGGUUCUCAAGGGUGGCCGGGCUGUGAUUGGUGUAUUUCUAGCUAACAGUGUUGUUAUUAUCGAACGAAUGAUCCGCGAUUCGGAACUGGCACCUCUUCUUGAGGGACGGAUGGGUAUGCUGGACCAAUGGCGCAAAAAGGCGACAGCCAUGUAUACCAUGGACUGUAAAGAGGUGUCGACACAUUUGUUUGAUGUCAUUCACACAAGCAAGCAACGGCCCACUUCAGGGCAGGCCGACUCAGCUUCCAUCCUCAAGGGUCUGAGCAGCAGGGAUAAGGACAACAUCAAGGGCAAAUUCCAGGCGUUCAAUGCGUCUUUUGAUGAGAUGGUCAGCCGGCAUAAAACAUACAAUAUGGAACGGGAGGUGCGACAGAUGUUCGCUCGGGACAUUCAGCAAAUGCUCGAGCCUUUGUACAACCGUUUCUGGGAUCGAUACCAUGAGGUAGACAAGGGCAAGGGUAAGCACGUCAAGUAUGACAAAGCUGGAAUAGCCGCCGUUUUCAUGACUCUAUAUUAG